ACUACAUAUCCCAUCGCGCACGGCGUCGGCGCAUGCGCACUACCGGCCGGGCCUGGCCUAGCGGCGCGAUGCUGCGGCGGAAACCAACCCGGCUCGAGCUGAAGCUGGACGACAUCGAGGAGUUCGAGAGCAUGAAGAAGGAGCUGGAGAAUCAGAAGAAGCAGCAGCAGGAAGAAGGAGAAAUGGUGAGCUCCAGUGACGUGGAGAGUGCAAACGGAGCAAGAGACGAGGCGAAGGUGCGAGAGAAGAUUAACGAACGAAUUGGAUACCGACCAAAUUCUCACAUCAACAAACAUUUCUCUUUGUUUGGCAAUCUCCACUGACCGAUGACAGCCAAUAUCAUCAGAGACAUGCAUGGAGGACAGAGGUCCAGGAUCUGCACCCACUGUGGGAUUGUGAGCUCAAGGAUGUGCAACUGGCUGUUGGAGUAAAUUUGAGGCACUGCUGGGGCUAUCAGUGAGGAUGGUCUUGUAUACAAUUAAAACAGAAUGAAGGCAUUGGGUCAGCAACUGAUCUGUAAAUAUUUCUGUAAAAUGUUACAUUGAUUUGGAUCUGAUUUUUACUAAAUAUAGUUUGAUUUGAAUUUCA